AUGAAGUUUUCCGCUUUCUUCGCCGCCGGGCUGUUUUCUACAGCUUUGGCGCAUCCCGAACAUCUGUCGGCCCGUGAGGUCCAGCGCCGGGGAACCAUUUCUCGGAGAUGCGAGCCCGCCGCCGCCAACUUCAACAAGAAGCGCUACGAAAGGCGCAUGGCCAAGCGGUGGGCGGGAUCUGGCAACACCACUUACCAGGUCACCACCGAGGCCCCCUACUACGACUCCAUCCAGAAUGACACUUGCGUCCUGAGCCCCGUCGUGACCGAGGGACCAUAUGUCUGGCCGCGCUCCCAGACGCUGAGGCAGGAUAUGACCGAAGACCAGUCCGGUAUUCCUCUGUGGCUGGAUGUGGGUGUGCUCGAUGUCAACACGUGCGAGCCGCUGCCCGACGUUCUGCUCAACUUUUGGCACUGCAACGCCACUGGAAGUUAUUCGAGCUUCACGGGUCUGUCCCCUAACACGGGAUUCCCCGAGCUGCUGAGCGAACUCAACAUUACCGACUUUGAGAUUGGCACCACGGAUCUCCACACCGACGACACGACGUGGCUGCGCGGCCAGUGGCCCACGGAUUCCGAGGGCGUCAUGGAGAUGAAGACCAUCUUCCCGGGCUUUUACGUCGAGCGUGCCAUCCACAUCCACAUCCAGGCCUACACGGACUGGUCUCUGCACGAGAACGGCACUGUGAGCACCGGCCACAUUGCCUCGACCGGCCAAAUCUACUUCAACGAGACGCUGUCCUCACAGAUCAUGGCGCUCGACCCGUAUUCUCAGCACACCGAGAUUGACCGUACCACAAACGCUGCUGAUAGCGUCUUUUCGAGCAGCGAGGACGGUGGCUACAACCCCGUCAUUAGCGUCGUUGCUGCUGAUGGCGUAAGCGUUGAGAACGGCAUGAUCGGUUAUAUCACUUUCGGUAUCGAUCCGGCUGCUGAUGGUGUUGAUAACUCGGGAUAA